AUGAGCGGAGAAUACUUUGGUAGUGAAAAUGAUGCUAAAUUUUACAAUGAUUACGUUAUGUCACCAAAAAAUAAUGAAAAAUACGGCCAGGACCACCGAUUCGCAGAUGACAAUCGAUCAAUAACAUCAUCUACAGAAUCGGCGAAUAUGAAUAAAUCCUUAAAGAAACACCAAAGGGAAUUGGUUUUGGCGAAUCCUAACGAUCCAAACAAAACCGUUAAUAAUUUAUUAAACGGCAUAACCAACACGGUCAAUCGCAUAUCCGACUUGCACGUGCAACUAUCCAAUUCAGCCAGGAACCGAGCAUCCCACACAAAUCGUUACUACAACGAUUCGUUGUCCAAUCCCUCGAUGAUAUGCGAACAGAUCCCCUUCACCGAUCAGGCGAGCAAGCUGCCCGACCAGCCGAACAUGCACGUGUGCGCCAGCAGCACCAUCACCAAAACCAGGAACUUCAAGAAGAAGAUGAAGGACAGCAAGCAGAUGAAGACCCAAAGCUCGCUGAUGACGUUGAAGAGGAACAUCAAAGUCGACAAGAAGGUGUCGAAACCGCUGCUCGAGCACCAGUCCUCCAGACCGGGAGUCUCAUCCAAAGCCAACAAACAAGCGAAAUUGGUGGAGAUAUUCCACAAUAAAGAGGCGAAGAGCAGCGAUUCGGAGGAGGGCUACAAUAAGAAGAACCAUUACGUGACCUGCGACGGGGAUCACUUGACUUGCGCCACUCCCGAAGUGCCUCUGUUGAAUUUGGAUAAUUGCAAGGAGAUCAUCGACGGUAACGCUGAUAACAAGCAACUGGUGCAUCGUAUGAUAACUGGGGAUUAUUAUGACCAGCCGUUGGCGCCUCGACUCAAUAUGAACUACAGCCAGAAGAGCUACCAGCUGCCCACCAUCGCUUCUCGAAUGAAACAGAACGUGGUUAAUACGUUGAUGGGAAGCAGCAAUCUAACUAUUGGAGGAACGUCUGUGGUUCGUUCUAAAAAGGCUAUUCCAUUUUGUCCCGCGAUAACUGCGAGUCCUAGUCAUAACAUUGGAAUUAAUAUUCAACAGGUCAUGAACAUAAUGCGAAACAGACAACCCAUAAACGGAAUAUCGCCGACACUAGCGCACAAUAUCGGUUUGGCUGCUGAUCGACUAAAUAACAGACCGAUGUCUGGCUUGGUGACCGACAUCCAAUCUAAAACCUACAACUUCAUGAAAUCCCAACAUUGCCCUCUAUCGAACAGCAAUUUGAACUACCAACAGCUGCAGGACCUCGCCAAGGGCAUACCGGAGGAGACGCAGGAGGAGAUGGACGGUGAAGAACCGCCGGAUUUCAAAACUCUGGUCAUCACCGGACCCACCGGAGAGAUUACCGUGAAGACCAAAAACGUUACAUCUUGGGCGAAUGACACCGCCAAAACCGUCGAAUGCACUUGCCUACCAGAAACCGGCAACGAUAUUAACUACAUCGCCAACAACAUCAAGAAAGCCGCCAUCGGAAAGGUGGCCUCGUCCCAAAUCAACUUGAGCCAGCGAAAGCCCGAUACAAGCGUCAACAAAUUCAACUUCAACACCCCCAACAAUCCCAAGCUCCUCAAGCGACCUCACACCACCAAAACCAAACUAAAAGACACCCCUAAACUGGUCACCCACUUGGACCAACUGGCGGUCUGCACUCCCCAAUUGCUCAAAGGCAAGGAGAAGAACCUGAAGGAGGUCCUCACCCAGCUCCACGACGAGUUCGAGCAACUCAACACUAGAUACGAGGAAUUGUCGAAGACGACUUCGUCGACGAACCAGGAGGCGUGCAAGCCGGCGAUGGAGCACCUGGAGGUCGAGCUGAACAAGAAGGAGGAGGAGAUCAUGAUGGUGAUGACGCUGUGCAAGGAGAUCAUGGCGCUGAAGAAUCAAAUAAAGUCGCUGAAGAAGGCGCCGAGCCAUUCGAGCGUCGCGCCCGACGCCAAGGGCACCCCGACGUCGGCGACUUUCACGGAUUAUUGCAAUCCCCAGGCGGCGUUCCAUUUGACGAAAUUAUUGAAGCAAAUCAAAACGUAUCAGAUGAGAUAUAAAAAUGAUGAGGCUGUUUGA